AUGCCGUCUGACGAUUACAACUUUGGCGACGUUUUUCAGAAAAUCUACGUCGCUAAACAGAAACCUCCUCCGAUUCCGGUUUCCGAAAAUAUGAAAGUUGUUCUACAGAGCUUUCCAUCUCUAGGGCAAGUAACCUCAGUUCGAGGUAAAAGUGUCACCCUAACCACUGUUCUUGAGAUACCCAAGUCUCGUGCCAGCGAGUCCUGGGAGGUCUCUGUCUGGCACUCCGUAGACGAUUCAUCCUGGGGAGAUAUACUGCUACUUCCUAUCCAGGAAGCCUCAGCCCCUCAAACUCUGCAAACGUUAGAUGACUCUAUGUACCGUUUCUAUUUCUCUUCGUCUAUUGCAUUUGAGGCUUCGCUCAAGUUUACUCUCAAGUUUCGUCACAGUUCAGAUGCCGAUUGGAGAUGGAUCCGCGAUGAACAAGGUCUCAAUGAUGGAUUGAUUGUCAACACUCCCGUUGGACUUUCAUCUAAUAGCCUGUCCGAUCUCAUACCUGAUAUAAACUCCAAAGAUUGGACAAUUAAAUCACAACUGAGCCAAUCACCCCGAACUUCGCUCUGGUCGCUGGAGGCAGCCAUUGCACCUGCGAAUCAAGAAGAUUCAACUUACAGGGACAUUUUAAUCGGUACCCCUUUUGGUACUUUUGCAAGGUGGUUCUCUCUUGUUCGGCUGUGGUCACCCUGGCUUGCCCCCCGACAUGGAAAAUCACACUUCUCACUCGAUAAAGAUGGAGUUCUUUGUUGUUUCUUGAGUCCACAGGGCAAAACUCUCGUGUUUCUUGCUGUUAGUGGUAUCGGGCAUGUCUUGCCAGUUUUUCGAAGCGAAUCAGAUGGGAAAAUUCAAGUUCAUGCUCGGAACGACGGGCUCUCUGACGAGAAUGCCACUAUCCUUGUUUCCGAAGGUGACGAUUUCGAUUGUGCUAUGGCUUCUGUAAUGUACCAUGCUAGGAACCUUGUUUCGGUCACUAAGCAGGCCAACGGGGAAUGGCCCAACGAGCUUUCUGCUUUGGUAGACGACUUCAAGCCAGAAUGGCUAGAGCACUGGUUUGACGGACUCGGGUUCUGCACAUGGAACGCUCUUGGACAGCAACUGACAGACCAGAAGAUAUUUGAUGCCCUCGAUAAAUUAGGCGAACACAACAUCAAAGUCUCGAGUCUGAUUAUCGAUGAUAACUGGCAGUCGAUUGACUAUCAAGGUCCCAGCCAAUUUCAGUACGGUUGGAAGGAUUUUGAAGCUGAGCCCAAGGCUUUCCCCCAAGGAUUGAAGGCUACUGUAUCCCACAUUCGAGAAAACCACCCGCAUAUCCAGCACAUUGCUGUAUGGCAUGCACUUCUGGGGUAUUGGGGCGGUAUUGCCCCUGAUGGGAAGCUUGCUAAGACGUACAAGACCAUCGAGGUUACAAGAGAGGAGGCCGACCGUCGCAAUCUUCCUCUAGGCGGCAAAAUGACAGUCAUCGCCCAGGAGGACGUCAGCCGAUUUUACAAUGACUUUUAUAAAUUCCUUUCGGAUGCUGGAGUCGAUGCUGUCAAGACAGAUGCCCAGUUCAUGAUUGAUACAUGGGUUGAGGCUUCUACUCGUCGAGACCUCAUCAACGCCUAUCUUGAGGCUUGGACUAUCUCGACUCUGUGUCACUUUAGUGCAAAGGCCAUAUCUUGCAUGUCUCAAUUUCCUCAGGCUCUCUUCCACUCUCAAAUGCCGACGAAUCGACCCACGAUUCUGGUUCGCAACUCGGACGAUUUCUUCCCCGAGAUACCCGCAUCGCACCCAUGGCACGUAUGGACAAACGCACAUAACGCCAUCUUCAUGAGUUAUCUAAAUGUGCUUCCUGACUGGGACAUGUUUCAAACUGUCCACGAGUAUUCCGGAUUUCAUGCUGCAGCUAGAUGUGUCAGUGGAGGACCUAUUUAUAUCACUGAUGUUCCUGGGGAACACGAUAUGGAUCUGAUCGGACAGAUGACUGGUCUCACUCCGCAGGGAAAGACUGUUAUUCUCCGGCCAAGUUCGUUGGGAAAGACAGUGAAUCCUUAUAUUGGAUAUGACGAUGAUUUGUUCUUGAAAGUAGGAAGUCAUCACAGAGCUUCGCAUACGGGAUACCCCAUCUUGGGAGUCUUUAAUGUCUCUUCCAGGCCGCUGACUGAACUUAUUCCUCUAUCGAGCUUUCCUGGUGUAACUCAGGGCUACUAUGUGGUUCGCGCUCAUACAACAGGCAAGGUUUCUCAGCCGACAACGCUUGAGGGGUCUGGCUCCUUGUUUACGACUUCAUUGCCUGUCCGAGGAUUUGAGAUACUAUCUGCGUUUUCCUUAACGCCUCUAUCCAGCAUCAAGCACGGCGACGUUUUUGUCUCGAACCUGGGUUUGUUAGGCAAGAUGGCAGGUGUUGCAGCAGUCAUCAUGAACGAUAUCAAACAGGAACUUCAUAAUAAUCGGGUUUUGAUAGACACACGCAUCAAGGCAUUCGGUACACUAGGUAUUUACAUAUCUGCGCUUCCCGAUCUAACUAUUGAGGGGGAUUUCUUGAUUACAAUACAAGAAAAGGUUAUACCUUUGCACACAGUGUCUAUUUCAACAUUCGACAAGCAUGUACUUGAGAUUGACGUUGGGAAAGCGUGGAAGGAUAUGGGUCUUGAAAGUCGAUGGAGCAAUGACGUUGAAGUGAAAGUGCACUUUGGUCUUUAA